AUGAUGUUCUCUAGAGGCCUUGCAACGUCGGCCCAACAGACCCACUACCAGCUCCUCGAGCUCCCCCUCAACGCAAGCAUCAAAGAGAUCAAGCUCCAAUUCAAAAAACUCAGCAAGAAAUACCACCCGGACUUGAACACCCACCUCAGCGACGCCGCCCGCCAGGACAACACCCAAAGAUACACCUUGAUGGUGUCCGCGUACGACACCCUCAAGGACGUCAAACGCAAACGCGCCUACGACCAGUCGCUCCGCAGCAACACCUCCUCGAACAGCUCCUACCUGCGCAGAUCACCAGCUUCAAACAAAUACUACGGCGAAGCGAAAUACUACUCGCGGCACGGCCACCUGUACCACGCCUCGACGCUCAACACCAAACGCCACCGGGUCCAUUUCCACAACAACCGCACCUCCAGCGACCUGCAGUUCUCCGGCGAGCACGUCAACCACGGCGAUCGAUAUAACGUGCCCCACUUUGACUACGACCGCCACUUGCACCGCAACUUGAUGUUUGAGCAGCGCAUCAUUGAAAAGUCCAUCGACCAAGCUACACGCGACAAGAUCUUGAACCAGUUGUAUAAGCUGGGCGAGAAGAUCAGCGAGGAGCUCAAGACUAAGCAUUUGAUGCGGCACGUUAACAUGUUGCGCGGGGAUGUCUCGCGUGGUGGCAAUCUCGGGGGUAGGACGAGCAGUUACUCAAAUGUCAAGUACGGCGAGAGCUCGACUUAUUCGGGCGCGGGCACUUAUGCUAACAUGUAUGCCCAGCUGCGAGGCUCCAAUGGUGGCGGAGGUUAUGGAAGUGGGGCCAGUACUGGCACGUAUAACAUGUAUCAGAAGCCGAAGGAUGAUGGAGGGAUGUUUAAGGUCGUUGCUGCGAUCGGAGCCAGCACGUCGCUAUACUUGCUCUAUAAAAUUAUAUUCUAA